AUGGAUUUCAUUGAAUCAUUAGAUCCCCAGAUCCUUCUGGGUGCAACUGUAGCUAUUGUUGUCAUUGUGGCUGUUGCUUAUCUCUUCACCUCCAAGAAGGCCAAAGGCUCUUUAGAUGCUGAGAAUUUCAAGGAUUUCAAACUUGUCAAGCGUACACAGCUGAGCCACAAUGUCGCGAAGUUCAGAUUUGAACUUCCAACAUCUACUUCAGUUUUAGGUCUUCCAAUUGGACAACACAUAAGUUGCAGGGGCAAGGAUAGCCAAGGCGAAGAUGUUAUCAAACCAUAUACCCCAACUACAUUGGAUUCUGAUGUUGGAUAUUUUGAACUGGUUAUAAAGAUGUAUCCUCAAGGAAGAAUGUCGCAUCAUUUCCGAGAAAUGCGUGUUGGAGAUCAUCUUGCUGUCAAGGGACCAAAGGGUCGUUUCAAGUAUCAACCUGGCCAAGUUAGAGCAUUUGGGAUGCUUGCUGGAGGCUCUGGAAUCACUCCAAUGUUCCAGGUUGCCAGGGCAAUAUUAGAAAAUCCAAAAGACAAAACAAAGGUGCACUUGAUCUAUGCCAAUGUGACAUAUGAGGACAUUCUUUUAAAGGAAGAAUUGGAUGGCCUUACUAGUAACUACCCUGACCGCUUCAAAAUUUACUAUGUCUUGAAUCAGCCUCCUGAAGUAUGGGAUGGUGGUGUUGGUUUUGUCACAAAGGAAAUGAUUCAAGCCCAGUUGCCUGCCCCGGCGCAUGAUAUUCAGAUUCUGAGGUGUGGUCCACCACCAAUGAACAAGGCCAUGGCUGCUCAUCUUGAAGCACUUGGGUAUGCUCCUGAGAUGCAGUUCCAGUUCUGA